AUGGCAAAUCAUGAGGAGAAGCAAUACUUAGAAAUGAUCAGGCGAUGCAUCGAAGAAGGUGAAUUCCAGGACGACAGGACUGGAACUGGAACGUACGGUCUCUUUGGAACUCAAAUGAGAUACUCCCUGGAGAACAACAAACUGCCACUGCUCACUACCAAAAAAGUCGCCUACAAAUCAAUUUUGGAAGAGCUGCUCUUUUUCAUCAGGGGACAAACAGACAACGAGAUUCUGAAGGAAAAGGGAGUGAAAAUUUGGAAUGGAAAUAGCACCAAGGAAUAUUUUGAGAAAGUGGGAAUCAACAGAGAGGCAAAUGAUCUGGGACCAGUUUACGGGUUCCAAUGGAGACACUAUGGCGCAGCAUAUGAGACCUGUAGGACCAAUUAUGAUGGAAAAGGAAUUGAUCAGUUGAAUGAUGUUAUUGCGCAAAUCAAGAAUAAUCCAGCAAGUAGAAGACACAUUGUUUGCGCAUGGAAUCCAAUGCAACUGAAAGAGAUGGCUCUACCUCCUUGUCACACUCUGUUCCACUUCAAGGUCUAUGGAAACAAGUUAAGUUGCAUUCUCUACCAGAGAUCAGGUGAUGUGGGACUAGGUGUCCCAUUUAACAUAGCAAGUUAUUCACUGCUUACGAUUAUUGUUGCUAAACUGUGCAACUUGGAGCCAAAUGAGUUCAUUCACUUUAUUGGGGACACACACGUGUACAAGGACCAUGUUGAGCCCCUGAAGCAACAAAUUAAACGCGAACCAUUUGAUUUCCCAAAGUUGCGCCUAAGAAACAAGGACUACCAAAAGUUAGAAGACUUUGAAUACGAUGAUUUCAUUCUGGAAGACUACAAAUCACAUGGGACAAUAAAGAUGAACAUGUCUGUUUAA